AUGUCUUUCGCCGAUAUCUCCAAGAGCCUGAGCGACAUCGAGCGCAAGGUCACGAAGUCCAAUAAGAUCAUUGCCAAGGGCAGCGACCUUAACUACAAGGACGCCAUCAAGUUGGGUGCCAAGUCCAACUCGAUCUGCAGCACGAUCAAAAAGGGCAUCAAAGACUACGGCUCCUUCGAUCCCUCUGAGGAUGAGGCCAAGAAGUUGUUGAACCAAAUGAGCACUGUCGUCGACCUCACCGAGACCCAGCUCAACUCCAUGGUUGCCAACCAGGCGCAUUUUGACAAGCUCAAGGUCGGUGGCCUUGUGAAGAAGAACGUCGAGAAAACGGAGGCGGCCAGCAAGGAGUUGUCUGAUUUGAUGAUCGCAAAGGCUCCGGCUAGCGUCAAGGCGGAGGGAGAGGCGCUGGAGAAGAGGCGCGCUGCUGCAUUCAGCAAGGCCACUGCAGCCUUCGCCGGCGCCACUGGCGGUGAGAAUGAGGAGCUUGGUGAUGACUCCGAUUAA